UACUCAAUUAAAAGGGGAAACUUGUAGGCCCGCUCCUAUCUGCAAUUAUAGAAAGGUUAUUCCAUGGCAGUUGUGUGUGAUCUACUGGAUCCACGCGCUUUGUCCCACCAACAUCUGUCACCUGACUCACCAACACAAAUUUAAUAAGCGCUUCAUAUCCGCCGCUCUGCACUCUCCUGCAUUCAAUGCGUCUAUACAGAUAGAAGGGAAAGACAUUUUUAACUGAGUGUUUGGACUGUUAUUGGGGUUUUCUAAAAUAGUUUAGAUUUAAAUGCAUAAAGUAAUUUUUUUUUCAGUUGAAAAUGUCAUUGCUCGCCCGCCAUGUCUCAAUUAGUUGCCAAGAUUUGGGAUUUUCUUUAACUUGCAGUAUUCUUCAAGUUUCAUGCAGAAAAAUAGAAGGCUUUAGAGAAUAAAUGCGUGCCGUGUACAAUAUUGAACAUAUGCGUGAUCGUCUCGCCAUGUUUGCUUUGUUUAGAUCAUAAUCCUAUAAAUUCUCCACCAAACCCUACAAUGUUCAUCAAUUCGCUCGAUUCUAUCCAUUAUUUUAGCGAAUGCGAGCCCUAAUCCUGUAAAAAAAUAAUUUUGCUCACCAAUUUGUACAAAUCACUGUGAUUAUUACAAAUUUCUUUAGGCGGAUUAACAUAAACUAGACGUUUGAACUUACCUCUGAACCGGAGGGUCAUUAAUGGAUUCUCAACUGCCAAAGUCAGUACCAUAAUUCAUCUCUGCCUGUGUUUGAAUUUCAAUUGACAGAAGUUCAAUUGGAUUGUGUUGAUCACAAAAAAAAUAUGACUCCUCUUCAAAAGCAUGUGGCAUUCUUUGACAGUAAUAAGGACGGGAUCGUUUAUCCUUGGGAGACUUAUAAAGGUUUCCGUGCAGUAGGAUUUGGGGUCAUGAAAUCCUUGGCAGCAGGAGUGCUAAUCAAUGUAGCGUUGAGCUACUCAACCCUUCCUGGACGGAUGCCAUCACUAUUAUUCCCCAUAUACAUAAAUAAUAUUCACAAAGCAAAGCAUGGAAGUGACACAGAUGUGUAUGACAAAGAAGGCAAUUUUGAUUCUCACAAAUUUGAAGCCAUUUUCAGCAAAUAUGCAUGCACUCAAAAAGACAGACUUACGCGCUCUGAAUUGGAUUCCAUGCUCAAAUCCAACAGGGAACCCAAAAAUGUUCCUGGAUGGAUUGCUAGCAAGGUAGAAUGGGAUUUCUUAUAUGAUUUGGCCAAGGACGACAAAGGAUUUCUGGAGAAAGAGGCCAUCAGAGGUGUAUAUGAUGGCACCUUAUUCGAACUUUACGAAAAGAAGAAUUGCGACAAAUCCAUCCUAAAAAAAUGAAUAUAUUUUUAAAUGCUGAAUUCUUAACAGUAUACAGACCGUAAUAAUGAAUACUUUGUUAUGUUACAUGUUAUUGAUUAAUUUAUUAUAGCAUGCCUUAUUAUCCCAA